GGAGUCAAAGCCAUAGCCAUAAUCACCAGCCAGUUUUUAGCCGAGACAGCCGUGAAUAGGGAGAAUAGAGGAACAGAACAACAGUGUGCUGAAUUUUGUGGUACGUUUGGAUGAUGAACCGCAGUUACCGUUGAGUGACACCCAAACAUGGACACCGGAGGCUUCAAGUUUCCCGUCUGUUGGAAAGAUGACGUGCGUAUGGGUGCCCUCUUCAACGAAUUCCGUUGCAAAGAUGCUAACCCCGAGGGCUGGCAGGACAAAAUGGAUUUUUGGGUGGCUUUGAUCCUUCAGUGGAGCAAAGAAACAAAGGCCCCCGUCUUUUCGGCAUUCGAUCUCGCCACGGCCUUCGAACGAAAACGUGCACAACCAGCGUGCUUGCAGACGGUGCUGGCUUACAUGAAGAGAUCUGGGGACUUGGUCUCCGCGCAGGAGCACUUCUCCAAGGACAGUUGGGUUCAAUGGGGAUUUGACGUCCUCGUCAAGAAACCCUUGGUAUGGAUGUGGGGUUGGAGCGCCGGAGGCGAACCUCUAACGGCGCUAUCCGAAGAGCUCGUCAACGUCGACGUACUCAAGUCGCUUCAGAAACAGGUACUAGCCAAGUGCGAACAAGAAAAAUUCGCGGAAGACGUCGUCCUGUAUUCGCAGGUAUGGCGAGUCUGUCAGGAUAUUUGUAGAGACGAAAAAUCCUUCGCUUACGUCCUCAGGGGAUUGGAAAAGGCAAAGUUUCUCAAAGUGUACGUUCAAGACGAGAAAAAAGUGGUGUCUUUUCUGAACAAAGACGUUGUCCUGAGUGAACACGAGAGGGCGCUGCUCAAGUUGCAGAAGGUAAAAGUAGACCUCAACAGAAAAGUAGACCAGUUACAAGAACAAGUUGAGAAAUGCACGCAGGAGGCAGUGCAGGCCAAGGCACAAGGCUUGCAGAACAAGGCGCUGUACGCGCUUAAGAAACGCCGUCGCGUUCAGGCUGUCCUGGAGAAACAGUUUGCCAUGUUGGACAACAUUCAUUCGCUGGAAAUGAAUCUCGGCGACAAGAAGGACAUUCAGCUGAUCUACGACGGCUACAGGACGGCAGCCGCCGCGCUGAAGACGGCUCACGCCGGCGUCGACAUAAACACCAUCGACGACAUCGUGACGGACAUCCAGGACACCCUCGAAGACCAGAACGAGCUUAGCCGUGUGGUUAGCAGCGUUUUGGUUAGCACCGAUCCGGAACUGGAUGAACUGGAACAGGAGCUGAAUCGCAUCCUCGAACUGUCCGAGCUGGAGGAACCGGCACCGGAACCGGACGUUGUCUUUCCGGACGUGCCGACAGAGAAUCCGGCCACUCCCAAGAAAACUGGUGCCACUGAGAAGGUGCCUUUGUAUGAAAAAUAGAUGUUCUGUCGUCAUGGA